AUGAUAACCACGUACCCUAGACCUCUGACUGGUAGACGCUGCACGAAUGCCUUAUUUUCGCGUGAGGCAGUGAAACCAAAGCAUCCUAUAGUAUUAGCACACGGCCUUCUAGGUUUUGACGAACUUCGAAUCGCAAAACGAGCUUUGCCAGCCAUACAUUACUGGAGAGGGAUCAAAGAUGCCUACUCUAUUAAUGGUGUGGAGGUCAUCACCGCUCCUGUUUCUCCGUCCGCUUCUAUUGAACAGCGUGCAGAAGAGCUGUUGAAAGGAAUUGAAAACAGGGCAGAAGGCAGAAAGGUUAAUAUUAUUGCGUGA